AUGGCCCAGGCUUCGCCAGCAGAGGCAGCGAGCUUCACGGACAACGAUGCAGGCAACUUGAAGGAGAACCAGACACCAACGCGGGAUGCCACCACUUCGCACGAGCCACAGAAGGCCCUCCUUCGUGCUCUCCCAGCUCAGGCACAGGACCUCGCUCCAUGCGGCAACCCCAGACCAGAGAAGGCAAUCAGAGAACCGCAGUCGUCUGUCAGCCAAUCCUGUACCGACAGGCUUGAACGCGGGCCUCCAUUCACAAAGCAAGAGGUUGAAGAACUGCACUCUCGCGUGCUUGAGGAAGCGGAUCGGGCCAACCAGAAUAUGCAAGAGACCUUGGCCAAAGAUGAGGAAUGGUAUGCGACAGACGAGGCAGAGUUUCGCCAACAGCGUGCCGAGAUCAAGCAAUUGGUAGUUGUUCUUGAGAAGGAACAGGGACGGCUGGAGGAGAGAUUAGCUGUUUGA